AUGGUGGAAGAUUCAGACCUGGCGAAAGAUCUGCCGCACUAUGAUAAGCAAGAAGAAAGGUUCCGUGAGCAACCUUCAACGCAGCACCAGGCUGGAUCGAGCGCACCACCACUCCCUGGGAGAGCCAGUCGGCGACUGCGUCGAGCCUGCCGCCCGCGGGUCAUCGAUCUCAAGCUACACGUUCCGUACCCGUUUGUGGUGGAGCCCUGGGACUGCAGCGCUCCCGAGCCCUUCGCACUGGUGAGCAUCAAGAGCGAACAGGGUACUGUACCAGUUCCUGCACACUGGCGAGCGAAGCGAAGGUACCUAGAGAAUAAACGAGGCUUACCGAGUGGAGCACUCGCUUUUGUUCGAGACGCAUAUGAGCGAUUGAUGGAAUGCUUGCAAGAACCGCAAACGCCUUUAUCAGAAUCUCUGACCGAAGAGUGGCGUCUCUGGAGUCGCCUACGUGGUCUCGGUGACGUGUACGUUCCUUUGGAUGAGUUCGAUCCACUCCGCGGUUGUACGUUCCGACCAGGGGUGGUGUCGGGAGCGCUUGCACAAGCACUCCAGAUUUCGGAGCUGGAAACGUUCUCGAUACCAUCGAGUCCAUGGCGGGACGGUUGGCGGCGUAGUGGGCACCGCUGCCCACCGCUGUAUCCGGCCAUGAAGGAGGCAAACUUCUGCUGGCGAAUCGAGCCAGGACCUGCUGGAUGCGCUCAUCAUUUGUAUGACACUGGAAACAAGGUGCAUCACUGGGGUUCAUUGAGGGACGCAGCAGACCCCCCGUGA